UAGAUGUAGUUGAAGCUGUUUUUGAUUGCUGCUAUAAAGCAAAUCCAGAUGAUCCUAAUUUUGAAUUUCUUGAAGAUUUUGAUUCAGAAUGGUUAAACAACCGCAUAGCCCCAGUGUACUCUAUUCAGAAUGAUUGUCUUCAUAUUCUUGCUAAUUCUCCAAAUGCUGACUUAUUGCAGCAUCCACUUGCCACUGCACUACUUGAUUUAAAAUGGAAGAGAUAUGGAAAAAUACUCUAUUAUAGCAAAUUGAUGUUUUAUAUUUUGUUUUUGAUUCUACUGACGUCAUUUGCUCUCACUGUCCAGUCACCAAAUUCAAAUUUAUGUAUGAAAGUUUUUGAAAAUGACAAUGACACAGUUAUUGAUUGCUUUCCUGAGGAAAGUUUGCUAUCUCAAAGAUACGUGUCUUUUGUUAGCAUAUGUCUGAUAUUUUAUUCUCUUAUCAUGUUACUAUCUAAAUUAUUAGCUCAACUGAUUCUGCGUAGAUGGCAGUCCAUUUUGGAAGUGUUUUUGUUCAUCUUUAUAGUAAUUUUUGCUUUUGUACGUAGUAACCAGUGCUAUUGUACUGAGUCAUGGCAGUGGCAGAUUGGAGUGAUUGCUGUGUUUUUCAGCUGGAUUGUACUUAUAUUCUCUAUUAGGAGGCUACCUGUAGUUGGAAUAUAUGUGGUUAUGUAUAUAACAAUACUUUAUAAUCUCAUUAGAAAGGUUGUUGUCCUGGCUUUGCUAUUGGUCUUUGCCUUUGCUUUUCCAUUUUAUAUGAUAUUUUAUGAUAUUCAAGGCAAAUUAGAAGGAAUACGUACUCCAUUUAAUACUCCAUGGAGGACAAUUUAUAAAACAAUAACAAUGGCAGCAGGACACUUGAGAUUAGAUUCUUUGUUGCACCAAGAUAACCAAAUCAAUUCCCCUGAUGUACAGUAUCCAGUGGUUGCAUUUUCACUAUUAAUUGUGUUUGUGGUUUUAAUGCCAAUUUUAUUCAUCAAUCUAUUGACUAGUUUAGCUGUUGGUGAUAUAGUUCAAGAAAUAGAAAAAAAAUCUGAUACUUAUAGACUACGCUUGAAAUUAGAAUUUACACUACCUGUGGAAAAAUUUUUACGUUUCAAAAUAAUGAAGAAAUUUAAAGAUUCUUUGGAUUUAUGGCAAACAGGAAAUAAAAAAAACAGUGACAAGCAAGAAUUAAGUGACGAACAAAAGUUAAGUGACAAGCAAAAAUUAAGUGACCGCUUUAAAAAAUAUAUUAAUGAUUGGUCAAAGCGGAUUGAAAUAUCUACUAAAACUGAGCUUCCUGCAACUAUAGCUGAUGUCAAGAAUCAUAUCAAACCAUUAUCUGAAGAAGUGAAAGAUCUAAACAAUUCAGUGGAUCAAUUGCUAUCUAUUGUUAGAAGUAUGAGGAAUGAAAGUCCAGGAAGACGUAACAUUUAAUUUUACAUGCUGAAGUUGAAUUGUUAAGCCAUUUGUAUAGUGCUGUUUUUGGUUGUAUGAACAUUUGUUUUGGUCAUAUAUAGUUCUAGUUGAGUGGUCACUUUACUUUUAGUUUAAGUUUUUUAUGUUUUUUAGUUCUAAUUUUAGUUUUGGUGCAGAGCAUAAAUUCUCUUUUAGUUUUUGCAUUUAAAAAAAUUAGCUUAAAAAUUUUAGUUCAAGUAAAAAAUCAAUUAUAGAGAAUAAUUAAUUGAGUAAGUAUACCCCAUGGCACUAGCCAUUUUCUAAAAUCACAGGUAAACCAAGCUAAUGACAAAAAACAUUUACAUAACAUUUUGUCAAUUUGAUUUCAGCUGUCAUUUAUUGUUGCAUCAAAAAUAUAGAUAAUGCA